AUGAUACUUGACACCACACCUUUCAUGGCGGACGAGGAGCCGAUAGCCUCCUCCUCUAGUAAUCCUCCUCCUACAUCUUCCGAAUCAUUCAACACAUUCUUUGAAAACUGGCUCCGCGAACAGAACUCGCACCUCGAAGAACUCGUGACCGCCGCUAACAACCACAACAACAACAACAACAACGAAAACGACGCCGUUCUGUUACAACUAAUCGAAAAAGUUGUACGGCAGUACGAACAGUACUACCGAACAAAAUCCGAUUGGGAGAAACGAGACGCGAUCGCGAUGUACACUCCCUCAUGGCUGAGCAACCUCGAGGACGCGUUUCUAUGGAUCGGUGGAUGGCGACCGACGUUAGCGAUUCAUUUACUCUACUCUAAAUUAGGUAUUCAGGUAGACGCGAAGCUCGAUGAUCUAAUUCGCGGUAUAGCUACCGGAGAUUUAUCCGAUUUGGCGCCAAAACAGAUGGAGAAAAUUGAUGAGUUGCAUAGGAAAAUAAUACAUGAAGAGCGAGUGUUGACGGAGAAACUGGCGAAAGUGCAGGAGACGGCGGCAGAUAGGUCGAUGGUGGAGCUUUCGAUUGCGGUAUCGGAGAUGAUGAGGAGUGGUGGCAGUGAUGGGGGAGAGAGUGAGGAGAGGGUGGAGGAGGUGCUGGAGGUGAAAUGUGGUGAGAUGGAGGAGUUGUUGCAUAUGGCAGAUCAUUUGAGAUUGGAGACGUUGAAGGCGGUUAUAGAGAUAUUGACGCCGAUACAGGCGGUGCAUUUUUUGAUUGCUAAGGCGGAGCUGUAUCUCCGGUUGCACGAGUGGGGGAAGAAGAGGGGUACAAUAGGCAAGGGAGUUAAUUGGAGCUGCAUGUCUGGUUGCGCGCGAGUGGCGGGAAAUCCAGUUUUUAAGUUUUAG